GGGAGGGGGGCUCUGUGAGCAGAAGGCGCAGGCGCUGUGCCGGGAGGUGUGAUUGAAAACGACCAGCUACAGCACCGAGGAGAGGAGCCCAGCUCCUAAAUGUGACUGAUCCCCUUCGCAAAGCGCCCGUACAGACCAGGCCGCCCAUGAAAAGAAGCAAGGGGCUAUAAGGCGCCGCCGACUCAUGUGCAUCGCAUCCCCUGGACCUGUUUCUUCCUCCAUCUCGGCGCAUUGAUCAUCGCGGGCUGCUGGCCACGUCCUCCUCAGCGAUGUUUUUCUCCAUCUGAAACACUGGGGGGGAUUAUUCCACACCGGUUCGGUAUCUGAGACUUGCGAAGUGAAAUAACGGGUCAGUAUGCUUUUACUGCCCUUGCAAAGCAGAAGACGCUUGAAUUGCUUUGGUCCGGGAGUCUUAUGCUUGCAGAUCCUGACGUGGAUUUUAUGUGCCGUGUAUGGAGAAGAGCAGGCUUUCAGCGUGGAGGCCUGGCUGCAGAGGUACGGCUACCUCCCCAGCACCGACCCGCGGCUGUCAGUGCUGCGCUCCGCCCAGACCAUGCAGUCGGCUAUCGCUGCCAUGCAGCGCCUGUACGGCCUCAACGUCACCGGCACGCUGGACAUGGGGACCAUUGACUGGAUGAGGAGGCCAAGGUGCGGCGUGCCGGACCAGUCGGGCGGCGGCUCCAAGCUCAACGUGAGGCGCCGGCGUUAUGCCCUCACAGGGCAGAAGUGGCAACAUAAGCACAUCACUUACAGCAUAAAGAACGUGACGCCCAAAGUGGGUGUGGCCGAGACUCACAACGCCAUCCGGAGGGCCUUCGAUGUGUGGCAGAGCGUGACGCCCCUGCGCUUCGAGGCUGUGCCCUACAGCGCCCUGGAGAACGGCAAGCGUGACGUCGACAUCACCAUCAUCUUCGCCUCUGGAUUCCACGGUGACAGCUCACCAUUCGAUGGCGAGGGGGGUUUUUUGGCGCACGCUUACUUCCCGGGACCCGGAAUCGGAGGGGAUACUCAUUUCGAUUCGGAUGAACCAUGGACGUUGGGGAAUCCUAACCAUGAUGGGAACGACCUCUUCCUGGUGGCUGUGCACGAACUGGGCCACGCCCUGGGCCUGGAGCACUCCAAUGACCCCACCGCCAUCAUGGCCCCCUUCUACCAGUACAUGGAUACAGAGAACUUCAAGCUGCCGCAGGACGACCUGCUGGGCAUCCAGAAAAUAUACGGUCCCCCCGACAAAGUUCCCCAGCCGACCCGGCCACUGCCGACGGUCCCGGCCCCCCGCUCCCACCCACCCGACCCCCGCAAGCACGACCGCCAGACUCGGCCCCCCCGGCUGCCCUCCGGAGACAAGCCUACGUACCCCAACGUCAAGCCCAACAUCUGCGAUGGCGGCUUCAACACGUUGGCGAUCUUGCGGCGGGAAAUGUUUGUCUUUAAGGACCAGUGGUUCUGGCGGGUCCGAGACAAUGCUGUGAUGCCCGGCUACCCCAUGCAGAUUUCGUACUUCUGGAGGGGGCUGCCACCAAAGAUCGAUGCCGUGUAUGAGAACAGCGAAGGCAAGUUUGUCUUCUUCAAAGGGAACCGCUUCUGGGUCUUCAAGGACACGACACUCCAACCCACCUAUCCGAAGGACAUCUCCUUGUUUGGGAGCGGUAUGCCGACGCAGAACAUCGAGACAGCCGUAUGGUGGGAGGACGUAGCGAAGACCUACUUCUUCAAAGGAGAUAGAUACUGGAGAUAUAAUGAGGAGAUGAGGACCAUGGACCUGGGAUACCCCAAACCAAUUACAGUAUGGAAGGGCGUCCCAGCAUCUCCCCAGGGGGCAUUUGUGGACAAGGCUAACGGCUUUACCUACUUCUACAAAAACAAGGAGUAUUGGAAGUUUAACAACCAGAAACUGCGUGUUGAGCCGGGAUACCCCCGCUCCAUCCUGAAGGACUUCAUGGGCUGCGAUGGCUCGGCGGACCGGGACCGGGAGCCGGACGUGGGCCGGGACCGGGAGAGGCGCCCCCCAGUGGAGGAGGACGACGUGGACGUGGUGAUCAAGCUGGAGAGCGCGGCGGGCACGGUGAAGGUGGUGGCCAUCGUGAUCCCGUGCGUGCUGGCGCUCUGCCUGCUGGUGCUGCUCUACACGGUGGUGCAGUUCAAGCGCAAGGGCACGCCCCGCCACAUACUGUACUGCAAGCGCUCCAUGCAGGAGUGGGUGUGAACCCCCCCCCCCCACCCCCCGGGGGCUAUCGCUGACGUCGGCGGGGAUGGGAGCGGAGCCUAAACCCCUUCCGUUUUGCCGAGGGGCAGUGGGCCUUCAUGGAUGUCCCCCGACCCCCCCAGGGAUAGUGUUUGACCACUCCCCCCAUGUCGGCCCCUCCCCCUCGCAUCUGCUCCGUGCGUCCAUGUGGGACGGGAGGAAGGUUUUCGGAUCGGACACUCCCCACAAUGCACCCCGUCAGUCUCCAUCAGAUCCAGUCUCGCUUUGGCUGAGUGAAGCUGCCAAGUUCGUACCAUUACCUUACCCCGUCCCCGAUACGCCCUUUAAAAGCUCAUCACUUCACAUUUAACCAUUGUUUCUACAUAAUUUAUUUGUACUGUGUCUUUUCUGUUAAAGUACUAUUCCCUUUAACUUCAGAUGAAAAGAAAUACCCAAACCAAAUAAGCUUUUUUGUCCAAAGAGGAUGCUUUUUCAUUUAAUUUUUUUGUUAAAUCACUCCUUUAUUUAUUUUUCUGUUGUUUUCAUUGCUUCUCUGCCUCUCAAAUCCCCACUUUGCUGGGGACUAAGACUUUGACUGUUGUGGCAGUCUGUGUCAAAACAGGGGGCCAAAAUUUCUCUGCAAUAUUUUUUUAAACCGCCUUAAUUACAGAUCGUGUUUUCUCUCUCUCUCUCUCUCUCUCUCUCUCUCUGUCUUUCUCUCUCUUUCUCUCUCUCAGACACACACAAACACACACACACACACACUGCUUGGUUUAUUUGUCCAUCACUGGCGUUCAUAUUCCCCUGUUUCUGUUUGUCCCUUGAUGAAUAGGCGUCCGUUUAUAGAUUUUGCCGGUAACGGGUCAGCCAUGGAGGAGGAUGGAUAAGCUGAGCGUAAACACAGAGAAUAUAUCGAUCGCUACCAGUGAAGUUCACAGCCGCAUUUGCAGGGACUUUCCAGAUGAACGGCAGGAUAUCAUAUCUCUGUCCGUCUGACGAUAUUACAUUGUUAUUACAAAUGCAAGGUUGAAGGAUAAAUACGGAAAUUAAAUCCAGCUGUAGUCUCUGCGCCAAUCAUCAUAGGACUGAAAAGACCUCUUUUCACAAAUUACUUCAACAGCGGCUCUGAAAUGACCACGAAAAGGACGAGAAAAUGACCGAGGCCUCGCAGUACAAAGCCUGUGAAAUAGGCCUGCCACAGCAGGAGAGCCCCCACUGUAAUACAGCUCCAACGAAGGAGCCACAUGAUUCAAAUGGUGCACAUUGGUGGUUCUGAUAGAGGAAGAAUCUUCUACACAGAUUAUCACGCUAGAAGCCCUUGGCCACGCCCCCAUGUCACUAAAACAAGCGCCUGGUUACGAUAUUCAGUUUUUUUUGUGCAAAGUUAAAAUACUUCGUUAGCAGCUAUAUGUACGAUCCAGAUUCCUGACCUUUGGUGGAAAAAGACUUCAGUGAAAAUCCGUCAGCCGACGACUCGAAAUGCUGUGGAACUUUCCGCGUUAUUAAUGUAUAAUAUAAAUGUACUGUAGUGGUCGUGAACCGUUAAGGAGAUCAUAUUUAUUGCCAUUUAAUAUAUAACUGCUUCAUCUGCUGGCUAGGAGCCCUCAGCUCUAAGACGUAAACUCCCUGCCCUACAUCACCGGAGGGUUGUCUUUCGGUUUCAAGGCAAACAGGUGCCCCGCCGAAUUCAUUUAAUAAAGGACGUUUGCUUCAAAACAGCAUUUUUUUUUUGGAAUAUUCUAGACACAGUAUAUAGUGUAGAUACUGUUCUUUGAUAUACAGACUUAUGCAGUAUUUUCAGGAACAAAGACUUGCUACUUUGAGGUCUGAAAUAUUUGAAGAUUUUUUUUGUUUUCUCUGGCCAAAUGUAAAAUGGCGAUGUGGAGCCGCCCUUUGUACAUAAAAGGAAAUGUCCAGUGCUGUCGACUAUGGGUAGGGAGGGGUCAUCGGAGCCUUAUGCAAACCUUGCCAUCGCCUUGGUCAUGUUUCACGGGGGGUUACCUCAGCGGGACUGUUCCAUACCUGGCCAAGGGACCCGGCCCUUACUUGGUUGGAGCUUGGUUGGAUGUGGUCCCCACCCUCACCAGAAUAGCCCCCCCAUGUGCUUUGCCUGCAAGGUAUGGAUCAAUACCAAUAGUACUGUAAGUAAGACCAGAACGACAAGGACCCCCCCCCCCCCCUCCCCCCAGGUCAGUCUGCUUCUCUAAAAAGAUCUUCAUGGCAACAAUGCAAAAUGGCCUUUUUAGCAAUUUCCAGCCAGUUCUGGGUUCGAUUACUUUCCCCUUUCUGCGCUAAUGUUUUCCUUUCAAAAGCCGAGUGCUAUCAGACCAAGCGAGUCCGAGUCCUUGUAGCAUCCCGAGGGUCCGGAUGCAGUGGCACCAGUAGUGGGGAUCUUUUGUAGUUAAUGAGAAGGGGCAGCCAGAGAUUCCUGCGAAGGUCUGUUGGCUGGACGAGGAACGUAUAUCUUUAAAAAAAAGUGUUUUAAUGUUUACAGUUACUGAUGUAUCUUGGGAAUGCGCUGGACUGUGUCCGUCUUUAUUGGAGAGUGCAUGCUAUUGGUUUCCUUUUAUCAUUCUGGCGAAGAGAGAGCUCCGCCCCCACGCCCCCCCCCAGACAAGUAAAUGUUUUCACUGUCUCAAUGUUUUGUUCCUUUUGAUGUGGGGAGUGUCUAAAAAUGGCUUUCACAGUUCUUUUCGUUCACUGUGCUGAUCCCCAUUGUCUCAUUGCAUUGUAUUUAAGAAGGAUCAUCUUGUCAAUCAAUAAAUGGAUCAGAACACA